AUGGAGACUCAUGACCAGGAAAGGCUUAGACAUAUGGAAGAAAAUAAGUUGUCAUCCGGAGAUCAAAGCGAAAACAUACUCCAAAAUGGUGACCUAAGUAGUCAAAAGGGUGAAAUAUCUCAAAAUACCAGUUUGAAAACACCCUUUGAGGACAAACAGACAGAGGUGUCUGGGAAGAAGAACUGUAGUGUGAGAGAAUUCCAGGACAUUGCGGUGUCAGGAAGAACUUCACCAGGACAGAGUUCUUAUCAGUGCAGCGUGUGCAGGAGGCGUUUCAGCCGCAGCGCAAACCUUUUCCAGCACCAGCGUAGCCACGCGACAAAGGGAGCUUACAGGUGCACGCAGUGUGCGAAGAGCUUCAGCCGCAGCUCAACUCUGACCCAGCACCAAGCGGUACACUGCAGGGAGCGCAUAUUUGAGUGUCCAAAUUGUGGUGACCGUUUCACGCGCAGCUCCAGUCUCACUCUCCACUGGAAGACUCAUGAAGGGGAGAAGCCCUUUGUGUGCAGCCAGUGUAGUUGGCGUUUCAGUAGUGCUGCUGAGCUGGCGGCUCACCUGGGGUUACACACGUGA